CUGCUUCCGUUCCCUUGGGUUGGGUUGUGUUGCUCCCUCUGCUGCAUUAAUUGCUCCCCUUCCCCUAUCCCCUCCUCCUCCUCCUCAUCGCCUUCUUCUUCUACCUCGCGUCGACUCCUCCUCCUCCCGCUUAGCCGCCGAGAUUUCCUCACCACUUUGUCCUCUUACCCCGCCACCACCGCCGCCUAUAUAUACGCGCCCAUCCCUGCGUCCUUGCACUUGCGCACCCACAGUGGUUGUUUUCUUGGAUGGUUGCCGCUGCGCCCUGACCUCACCUCCCUCUCCCCCAUGGAUUACUCCGCCAUGCCUUCUCCUUCUCCUUCUUCUUCUGCCGCUGCGGCGGCGGCGGCGGCGUCGGGGUGCUGCCUCGACAGGCUGUGGAGGGCGUGCGGGGGCUGCGGCGCCGCCGCCGCCUCCGCCGCCGGGUGGACGGUCUGCGCGCUGCUCACCUGCGUCUUCGCCGUCGUGGGCUCAUUAGUUGGAGUCUUCAUCGGCGCGUUCAUGGGGAUGUCCACGGAAAGCGGCAUGCUACGAGGCGCAGGCGUCGGGGUGGUCUCCGGCGCGGUCUUCUCCAUCGAGGCCGUCGAAUCGUGCAUCGAAAUCUGGAGAUCAAGUGAAUCAGGAAAAUACAGCAUUAUCUUCGUGCUUGACAUCAUCUCUAGCCUCUUCAGUGGAAGGAUUGUGUGGGAGAAGGUCAGCCCAGCACUGCAGCGCGCGGUGCAGAGUCAGAUGAGUCUACUGAGUACACCAUUCAUUGACAACAAUGACCUUUUUGAAACCGGAAAUACAGGAGGCAUGUCAAGAGAUCUAAUUAACAGAAUCCCAAAGACCACAUUCAGCGCUGCAACCAAUCCUGAUCAGGAAACUGAUAACUGUUGUGCAGUUUGCCUUCAGGAUUUUGGAGCAUCGCAAUUUGUUCGGGUCCUGCCUCAUUGCCAGCACACGUUCCACGCACGAUGCAUCGACAACUGGCUUUUCAGGCACGCAUCAUGCCCGCUAUGCAGGGCUGGUGUGCAUAUAGACCAUAUACAUAUGUAAAAUAGAACUCGCAGCGCACCUGGUGUAUUUUCAGGCGAAUACCCGUGCCCGCGGUCCGUAUCAUAAGUAUAGUCUUGUACACAUAGGAGGCCUUUUUUUCUUCCCAGUCUUUGUGUGGAGCUAUGUUCCAGCCGCACGUUUUUUUGUUACAGCAAUAACAAGUUAUGUACUAAUAUACAUUCUGAAAAAAAGAACUAAACUAACAGUCUCUGAAUUAUGGCUGUGUACUGGAGCCUCAAGAA